AUGGAGCUCGGGGCAGCGGGGAAUGCCUGCGGGGUCUGGGGGGACGCUGCAGUGGGGACCUCUGCCAUCCCACAUGGGCUCCCACCCGUGCCGGUGUCCUCGCAGCCACUGACCAUCAUCCAGCAGAUUCCCAUGGGCACAGCCCAUCCCACCGGACCCCCACACCUACGGGGAGCAGAUUUGAUCGAGCUGAUGAUGAUUCAGAACUCCCAAAUGCACCAGGUGGUGAUGAACAGCCUGGCGGUGUCAGCACUGGUGUCCUUUGGGUUUGGGCCAUCUCCAGCCACUGCCCAGACACUUGGGGUGCCUUUGCAGCCUGGAGAGGAGGAGGAGGCUGUGGUUUUCCACCACCACUACAUUCCUUAUCCCGGUUCUGCUCCCGUCUGGGCCUGGCCACUCCUGGGUCAGGCUAUGGGGCCUGCGGCCGUGCGGCACCUGGGCACAGCCACAGAGGACAGGGAGGUUGCGGUGCCACCUCCUCCACCCCCCAGUGCAACAGGGACCGUCGGAGCCAGCAUCCCACCAGCAUCAGAGUACUACGACAUGCUGGAGGAGUGGCUCUGA